ACCAUCUGUGGAAUGAAUCGUUGUUCCGAUUGUCAAACCUCACAGUUAACUCCCACUCACACAAUACACUCUCUUUCCUUUUGCUCCCUUCCAAUCCAAGAACAUUCAUUUUCUGCUUCCUGCUGCAACUGCAACUCGUGUUCACAACAGUAAACGACGUCGCUUAGUGCCAUUCAUUACCACACCCUAUCUCUCACACCCACAUUCCCUUUCUUCCAAAGUUCGCGACUUUCGCACACCCUCAUGGCCCCGAGCCCCGAAACCGAAACCGGGUCGGGUCCGAGGAAGCUGAACGGCGAGAGCAUCUCCGAGUUGGUUUCCGAGUUGCGCGACUCGUUCCUGAGCAGCGAGUUCGACCGAGUCGAGGAGAUUCUGGUGGCGCGGGAAGCGAGGCUGGAGGCGGAGCUGGCGGAGAAGAGGAGGGAAAUCGGGUGCCUAAAGGAGAGAAUCGCUUUUGAGAAGUUGGAGAGGAUCAAUGCUGAGUUGGAGCUGGAGAGGCUCAGGCAAGAGAGGUGUGAUGAGAAGAAAAAUGGUGGGUUUGGAUUGGGUGGGGGUGUGAAGAGUAAUGAUGAAGUUGGAGGUGGAAAAGUUGGGGUUUUGGGGGAGAAGGAGAGAGGGGGUGGUGAGGAGGGGAAGAGAGUGGUUGGAAUCGAUGGCACUGUGUCUGUGAAGAGAGAUGGGGAUGGUCUAGUGGCUUCAGCAGGGGGAAAAUUGGAAAUCAAUAAUGUUAUUUGUAUAGAAGACAGUGAUGAAGAUGAAUGUAAUUCACAAGCAACAUUGGAUAAGAAAGAGACUACUACUAUUGUAGGUAAUCCUCAAAGUUCAUCAGGAGCAUUGCAGAAAAAACUUCUAUCAGGAGCGGCUGAAACCAUUGGAAAUCUCAAAAGAAAAUUUGCUUCAUCGUGUGAUUUCAGCAUGAAAUUCAAUGUCUUGGAUGACUUGGACUUGGAUAAUGAUUCUUCCUCUUCUAGUUCCAGUUCUAGUUCUUCCUCUGGAUUUGAUAUUGAUAAACUACCUAUUGCAAGCAAUAAGAAACGAGAGUUAAUGCAACCAAUCUUGGAUUGAAGUUUUCACAAAGGUAAAGUGGCUGGACAUAUUAGAUAAAGGGGGGAAAAUCCUUGGCACAGAAACAUUUUGUUAUAUGGAUCACAGCAACAUUUUGUUGUAUGGAUCACACGAAGCAACAUACAGGAGGGUAGGAAUAAUAGGAAAAAAUGGAUGGUGAUGUAUGGGUGUUUUUUUUUACUUAUGAGGGUAAAUUUAUUUGUAAAUUGGUGUUCUAUUAAAUGGCAGGAUUAUUUGUUUAUUGGUUAUAUUAUUUAAUUACUUUUUUAA